CAUCGUCCAAAAUAGUCCCCUAGAAACACAUUUCGACGUUCUAGGCACGAGAUUGCACCCAGCACCGAAAAUCCACCAUUGUCGAGACAGUGCUUGGCGGAUUCCCUCAGAAGAACGCUGUGCGGUAGCAGACCCCUUUUCGAGACACCGACGAAACGCCAGAAACAUCUGGGACGGCAGCGAGAAGAGCAAUACCAGCAGCAUGGCGACCGAGAACGGGAAUCCUCACAUGGAGCUCGACCCCAAAUACGACCACUAUGACUUCCCAACCACCGCUCCUGAUCCACGACCAGGCCACCCCGGCCACACCACGAAAGAGCAAGAUGCUCAAGUGCAGCAGUUGCGCAUGAUGUUGGAACAAGCUGGCUACACCAAGAGACUCGACACCCUGACCCUGCUGCGGUAUCUUCGCGCACGAAAGUUCAACGUCGAGCUGUCCAAGCAGAUGUUCAUCAACAGCGAGAAAUGGCGGUCAGAAUUUGGAGGCGGCGUCGACAAUCUCGUUCGAACGUUCAAGUACGUCGAAAAAGAGCAGAUGAUGGCCUACUACCCACAGUACUAUCACAAGACCGACAAGGACGGCCGACCCGUGUACAUCGAGCAAUUCGGCAACGUCGAUCUCGAGGCAAUGCGCAAGAUCAGCACCGACGACCGCAUGCUGCAGAACCUUGUUGUCGAAUACGAGAAGCUCGCCGAUCCACGUCUGCCAGCGGCGUCGCGAAAAGCAGGCGUCCUGCUCGAGACUUGCUGCACGAUUAUGGACUUCAAGGGCGUGGGAUUGAUGAAGGCAAACCAGGUGUAUGGAUACGUGCAGCGCGCGUCGGCUAUCAGCCAAGACUACUACCCGGAGAGAUUGGGCAAGCUGUACCUCAUCAACACACCUUGGGGGUUCAGCAGCGUUUUCGCUGUAAUCAAGAGAUUCUUGGACCCGGUCACAGUUGCAAAGAUCCAUGUGCUGGGAAGCACAUACCAAAAGGAUCUGCUUGCACAGGUACCGGCUGAGAACCUGCCGGUCGAGUUUGGAGGCACAUGCAGUUGCCCAGGCGGAUGUCAAUUGAGCGAUGAUGGCCCAUGGAAGGAUCCACAAUACGUCAAGCCGGCUGCUUGGGAGAAGGCAGAGGAUGACAGCAUCCCAGCGACCGAGAGCCACACAGGAGAAGGCAAGCCUGCAACCGACAGCACUCCCGUUGGCACCACCGAGGAGCAGCCAGCGGGUCACACGGCCCCAGCUCCAGCUGCGCAAUAGACCGGGCGAUAAUGGGCAGUUUGCUGUAUGCGAUCCUUCAGCAACAACGAGAUAUGCUGGAAAAGGAAAAGAAGCGAGUGGUAGGACGGCGGUGUGCUUGGCGUGCAUUGGUUGGCGGAGCAUGAUAUAAGCUCGAAAUAGCUAGAAAGAGAUGCUGCAAAACAGAAUAUCAGACAGUGUAGUGUAUGCAGUGGUGAAAGCUGACAUGUUUCACGUAAG